UUAACACAUCCAGCCUACGACUAUACUGGGUUGCAUGACUUUAAUUUCUGUUGAUUGAGGUAUGAAUGAAGUGAUCACCACUUUCAUACAGCAAAGGAAAAAAAAAAUCUUCAUUUUGCAGGGGAGAGGCAAGGAGAGAUGAUUGUGUGAAUAAAUAAAAGAUACCAUUGAACUUUCAAUAGCUGCUUUCUUACUGGAUAUGCGCAUUCUCAGAGACAAGCUUCAGAAUAAAAAAAUAAUUGAAUUCAAUUCAGAAGCAAAAAAAAAAAAAAUUCAGAAGGAAGAAGAUGAACACUGUAAUGUAUUUUCCUUUGCUCUGAGUUGCAGAACAAUGGCGAGUGAAAUCAGAAGAGAGGAAAACGGUCUGAAGAUCAUUAAUAACACUGUAUCCAAAGCAAAUUGUCUUUGGUAUCAAAAAAAUACAAGGCUACCAGAGCACACUGCGGUGGCACAAUAUGAACUCCAUAGGAACCGUCACGCUGUUAAUCUAAAGGGAAAUCGUUCACUUUCUCUACAACUCUGAUAUUAAGAUAUUCUUCAAUGCAUCCUAGAUUCCUUCUCAGAAUAAGCACUUGACAUGGGGAGCGACACAUUUUUAAAUACAUUUCCCACACCUACAUGACUCAGAGGAAAAUUAAAAGUGUGAGCAACAUGAAACUGGCAUAUACUGACAAAAACAAGAAGACAGAGCUGGUCACAUUUACGAAUUUAUCAUUAAAGGUACUACAGGCUUUCUAGAAGAAUGUAUGGUUUAGGCAGUAAAUUUUAUUACUGUUCCCUUUUUUGUAGGUUAGGGUUAAUAUUAGAUUGCUAAGGAAAGAAGUUGGAAUCAAAAGUCUUUCAACAAUAUUUUCAGGAUCUGACAAUUUUAUCACCAUUUUGGAUAUCAUGGGGUGUGGAGGCAGUCGAACUGAUGCCCUGGAACCAACAUAUCCUGAAAGUUUGACCAAGGAGACUGAAUCGACCUGGUUGAGAAACACAGAUACUGACAUUCCUCUAUCAUCCAUACACAACAUUCCUUCUGAUAACUCUUCUGAAUCAGACUUCAUUUCUGAGAAAAGCAACCUGAAUGCAGUGGCAGAUUUUUUUGAUGAUGGACUCCCAGCCCAGGCACAGGCUUACCUCAAAAUCUGCACGACCAUCUCAGAACCAGUACUCAGUGGCAAGAAGCCAAUGUCUGGAAAACAAACUUCAAAAAAGCAGGCAACGUCUAGCCAUUUAAGAGACUCAGCAGUGCAGAAAUGCAAUGUAGUGCAAACUGGAGAAGUGAGUCCUUCAGCAUGAGAACUUGGAAUAUUCAGUUGAUUGCUUGUGUAUUUACUAAAUAUGGUCGUUAGUAUGUGGGAAGUGUGUACUCAAAACAAACAUGUUAUUUCCAAAAGGCCACAUAUAGUUCAGUUUUACAAACUACUCAAUAAAACUACAGCAAUAGGAAAGUAGUAUUUUUGUUUAGAUACACAGCUGACUGCCUUGCAAAAUGUAACUUUUCCUUUUAGGUUUUGUACACAUUUUUCCAAAUGUUAUAGCUUAAUAAAAAUAAGUUAAAUAAAAUAAUUCAGUUCUGAAUGUAUUUGGUACA